GCUUAUUGAGAAAUUCUUGCAGAUGUGCACUUUGCUAACUGUUUGGUAUUUCUCUUACUAUUUUGUAGUUGCUUUUAGGCAGCAGAAAUGGAGAAGCUCUGUCUCCACACAAGCAAAAAUGCCUCCUUGUGAUUUUGUACCAGAAAAAUACAAAUCUUACCCGUAUGAACGUAUGCAGAAGAUCCGUGAACAAAAUAUUGUUCCUUCACUGCGAAUGUAUUACAAGAAGCCAUUGUUGCUGCAUCAAGGACAUAUGCAGUGGUUGUUUGAUUAUGAGGGGCGGAGAUACCUUGAUCUCUUUGCUGGAAUUGUCACUGUCAGUGUUGGUCACUGUCACCCGAAGGUAACUAUGGCUACCCAGAAACAGCUUGCUCGCCUGUGGCAUACCACUAACAUCUACAUGCACCCAUCAAUCCAUGAAUAUGCUGAAAAGCUGACUUCUCUUCUUCCAGAUCCACUGAAGGUGGUUUAUCUUACCAACAGUGGGUCGGAAGCCAACGAUCUAGCUAUGUUCAUGGCAAGGCUAUACACUGGUAACUUUGACAUCAUCUCCCUCAGAGGAGCAUACCAUGGAGGCAGCCCUUACACACUGGGAUUGACAUCUGUUGGUUCUUAUAAGCAUGGUGUUGCCAAUGGCUUUGGCUGUAUAACAACAAUGUUACCAGAUGUUUUUCGUGGUCCAUGGGGAGGCAGCCAUUGUAGAGAUUCUCCAGUACAAACUGUUCGAAAAUGCAGCUGUCCUCAAGGUGCAUGUCAUGCAAAAGACCAGUAUAUUGAACAGCUCAAAGAUACUCUGAAUACCACAGUUCCCAAGACAGUAGCUGGAUUUAUCGCUGAACCAAUUCAAGGUGUUAAUGGAGCUGUUCAGUACCCAAAAAAUGUACAGACAGGAUUUGGACGAACAGGCAGCCAUUUCUGGGGAUUUCAAACACAUGAUGUAGUGCCUGACAUUGUUACUUUGGCAAAAGGAAUAGGUAAUGGCUUCCCAAUGGCAGCUGUUGUUACAACAAAAGAGAUUGCAAGUUCCUUGGCUCAAAACCUUCAUUUUAAUACGUUUGGAGGAAGCCCUUUGGCCUGCGUAGUUGGAGCUGCAGUUCUUGAUGCUAUUGAAGAAGAUGGUCUACAAAAAAACAGUCAGGAUGUGGGAACACACAUGCUACUGGAGUUGGCUAAACUACGGGAUGAAUUUGAGGUCAUUGGAGAUGUCCGUGGCAAGGGACUUAUGAUUGGAGUAGAAAUGGUGACAGAUAAGGACAGUCGCCGCCCUCUUCCAGCUGAAGAAAUCGGUCAGAUCUGGGAGGACUGUAAAGACAUGGGAGUUCUGAUCGGCAGAGGAGGGCUCUACAGUCAGACAUUUAGAAUUAAACCUCCUAUGUGCAUUACUAAAAAGGAUGUCGACUUUGCUGUGGAUGUAUUUCAUACAGCUUUACAGAGACACAUGGAAAGAGCAGCUGCAAAAUAG